CCACGUUGAGCAAGAGCCAGAGCGGCUAAAUGUAGGAUCAGGUUGCCGCUGGAAGAUACAUGUCGCUGGGGAGGUGCUGCUCACAAGUUUCCGUGUGAUCCGAGCGGAAAGGCCGAGAGAGAGAGAGAGACAGACAGACAGACAGGCAGAGAGAGAGACUAAAGGGUCUGACCGCGGCUUAAUGGUGGUGUCUAUAACAUUCUCCUUCUCUCUGGGCUGGAUUGGGGAAUUGACACUAUCACCUGGGAAAUAUCACCAUGACUGCCGCUGCCUGUGUUCUCGGUCUGAUUGGCCAGUGACAUCCAAUGACACUGGAGCAAGCCACACAACAGAUACCUGGUGGUUGUUAUGGGCAAGUCUGAAAGCCAAAUGGAUAUAGUCGAAAGGAACCCGCAAAAAACGAAGAAGUCGUGGAAGUCAUGGAGCUCUCUGGAGAUCGGGCUGACCACCAUCGUGGUUUUACUGAUGAUUGUAGUCAUUGCUUUGAUCGCUUUAUAUGCAACACGCAAGGAUAAAACAUGUACCACUCCAUCGUGUGUAUCAGCAGCUGCCCGUAUUGUGGUGAAUAUGGACCAAACUGCAGAUCCUUGCAAAAACUUUUAUCAGUAUGCCUGUGGAGGAUGGUUGAAGAAACAUGUCAUCCCUGAAACCAGCUCCCGAUAUAGUACUUUUGACAUUCUGAGAGAUGAAUUGGAAGUCAUCUUGAAAGAUGUCCUUGAGAAGCCAGACAAUGGAGAUCCUGAAGCGAUCAAGAAAGCAAAGACGCUGUAUAAAUCGUGCACAAAUCAAACUGCCAUUGAAAGCAAAGGUGGGACACCACUAAUUAGCAUGAUGACCGGUGUAUUCGAUUGGCCAGUCGCAAUAGACAACUGGGACGAGAAUUACAGUAAAAAUUGGACACUUGAGACUGUCCUGUCAACAUUGACUGCCAGAUUUGGAAAGCGUGUCAUCAUAGACUUUUUUGUUGGGACAGAUGACAAGAACUCCAAUGUUUACAUAAUCCAUAUUGAUCAACCCCACCUAGGCUUGCCUUCCCGGGAUUACUUUGAAUGCACUGGUGCUUAUAAGGAGACAUGUCAAGCUUACUCGAUGUUUAUGAGAAAUGUGGCUACAUUGGUUCGUAAGGACAAAGGAUUAACCAUAAAUAGCUCCCAAAUUGAAGAUGAUAUGAAUAUGGUUCUGGAGUUCGAGAAGGAGUUAGCUAAUGCAACAACCAAAUCUGUAGACAGAACUGAUCCUAAUCAACUCUACCACAAAAUGACUUUGCAAAACGUGACCGCAAACUUCCCUAUCACAGUUGAUGCUAAGGAAUUCAGCUGGAAGAAUUUCAUCAAAGAGAUUCUCUCUACUGUGGACCUGCAUGUGACAGAUAAUGAACCAAUUGUUGUUUAUGCUCCAGAAUAUCUUGAGAAGCUGGCACCUAUUCUGAGUAAAUAUAAGCCGAGGGUCCUUCAAAACUACAUUAUAUGGAGGCAAGUGAUGGAUCUUGUGGGUAGUCUGAGCUCUGCCUACAAGGAGACAAGAGCAGCGUUCCGGAAGGCUCUUUAUGGAACAACAUCAGAGAGUGCAGUGUGGAGAAAGUGUGCAAACUAUGUCAACAGCAACAUGGACAAAGCUGUGGGACGACUUUAUGUAGACGAUGCUUUUGCUGGGGAGAGUAAAAAAAUGGUUGAAGAACUAAUUGAGCAGAUUCGUGAAGUUUUCGUACAGAAUUUGCAUGAGCUCAGCUGGAUGGACGAGCAGACCAAAAGGAAGGCAGAAGAAAAGGCUAGAGCUAUCAGACAGAGAAUCGGAUAUCCACCUGACAUCAAAGAUGAUGCCAAACUGAAUGCUGAGUACAAAAUGUUGAAUUUCACCAUCGACGAAUAUUUCACCAACAUUCUUAGUAAUAUGGAACUGGGACAACGGAAGAACCUGAAGAAACUCAGACAAAAGGUUAACAAAGAAGUGUGGAUUUCUGGAGCUGCAGUAGUAAAUGCCUUCUAUUCAUCCAGCAGAAACCAAAUAGUUUUCCCAGCUGGUAUUCUUCAACCACCUUUUUUUGAAAAAGGACAGCCGAGUGCAUUGAACUUUGGUGCUAUUGGCAUGGUCAUCGGCCAUGAAAUCACUCACGGAUUCGAUGACAAUGGUCGUAACUUUGACAAAGAAGGAAACCUCAUGGACUGGUGGACUAAACAAUCAGCCAAGAAUUUCAAAGCCCUCUCACAAUGCAUGGUUUACGAAUAUGGGAACUUUUCAUGGGAUCUGGCAGGUGGACAACACCUCAGUGGCAUUAAUACAUUAGGAGAGAACAUUGCAGAUAAUGGAGGCAUCAGACAAGCCUACAAGGCUUACCAAUUACAUGUGAAGAAAAGUGGGAAGGAUAGCCUGCUCCCUGGGAUCGACCUGAAUGACAAUCAGCUAUUCUUCCUGAACUUCGCACAGGUAUGGUGUGGAAUAUACAGACCAGAAUACGCUGUCAACUCCAUUAAGACUGAUGUGCAUAGUCCAGGCAAAUUCAGAGUUUUAGGAUCUCUCCAGAAUUUUGAAGAAUUCAGUAAUGCUUUUCACUGUACAAAGAAUGAUUACAUGAAUCCUGAACAGAAAUGCCGUGUUUGGUAGCCAAACUGUUCCUGCUGUACUUAAUAUUGUCUAGAAUGUCUUCUUCCAGGAUUUGUAAGUGGAUGAUAUGCUGAGCUGGAAUGAAUCAAUUUGUAUUUUGUAAAAAGGAUAAAUUAAUGCCCUUUUGUUUUUGCUGAUACCUCAUAUCAAUCAAAUUACUCUAAAACCGUUAAUGCCCAACAAAUCAUUUGCCAAAUAAAAUGAAUUGAUAAGUAUUGUGACUGCAUCAUAAACCUCAGUUAUCAUAUGGUUUCAGUUGUAUGCAGUCCCAAUUGGAAAUGUAGAGUCAUGCAUUCAAAAGCAAAAUGCUGCAGAUGCUGGAAAUCUGAAAUAAAAACAAAAAAUGCUGGAAAUACUCAGCAGGUCAGAGCACCAUUUGUGGAAAGAGAAAGAUGGUUAACUUUUCAGGUUGAUGACCUUUCAUCAGAAUAUUGCUUGUGUUUGUAAGCUGUGUGCACUUAAAAUAGCUACCACUGACUUAAAUAAGGUCAUAUGAAGGUAAAGGGAAUGUGGUGAUGUGAUCAGUGUUUUAACUGCUUGGAGACUGUAAACAACACGUAACAGAACCACUUAGUAAACAAAUAGAGGUGAACAAAAUGAACAGGUCUAAAUUGAUUAGAGUCUCUCCUACCAACCAGAAAAAUCAAUCAAUUGCUGUGAUUUUUAAAAUUAGAAUAGAGAGAAUUAUAGUGAAUUGAAAGGUAGAAGGUUUAACAGUAUUGAUAUUAAUGACUGGGAGAAGCUCGUUACCAACUGUUUAGAAUGGUGACAACUUACCCCAAAGCUGCAUCAUACCGAGUCGCAGUGUCUCACUGAUAAGAUAGUAAAAAAAAGAAUAGGAAGCCAGAUCCCACUACCUCAUGGGACAUCCUGCCCCAUGUGCCAAAGAUAAGUGGCUUAAGAAUUAACUGCUCAGUCACAUGGAGACUCACAUACUGAGCACACUUGAGUAGACAUUCCCUUUGUAUUGAGGGAUAGUCGACAGUGGAUUAAUGAACUGCAGCUUCUGUUGUUGAUGUGGGGAAAUUUGUCAAUUUGUUCAAAGCAAACUCGCAUAAAAAGCAAUACAAUAAUAGUCAGAUAGUCUGUUUUCUAUUAAUGUUGAUGGAGAUUUAAAAACAAGGGUUAUGAGAAACUAUAAUCAAACGUUGAAUAGAAAAUACAGCAUUUAUUAGCUUCUGAUUGUUCUAUAUAAGUGAGACCACAGAUAUCGAACUUGAAGUAAACCGUCCCCGAGAUACAUUUUUUUCCCUCAUAGUAGUGAAAUAAUGUAAACAUUCUGGUAAAAAAAAUCACAGUAUUAGUAUUUUGUCAGGUAUAACUACUUGAUCUGUUGUAUAUUAGACAGAAAGUUAGGAUCAUUUACAACUUUUGGAAACUUUAUCCUAGGAGUGAAAUCUCCUAAAUGGUUGGAAAAUCGAUCAUGGAUGCUUUAUGUCCACAUUUCCAACUGAUGUGGCUGCCUAACAGACUGGAGAUUUGUAGGUUCAGCAUGUAAUAUGAAACAUUAUUUUAAAAGUAACCUUUCACAGGAACCAAGAUGAAAAGAAUAGGAUGUUCUCGUCAAUGGUUUGCAUUGUUCAGGGUGCCUACUGUGCUCUAUUGGUCAUGGAUUCCAAUAUAUCACAACACUGACUGCACUUCAAAAAUACUUAAUGAGCUGUAAGAUGCUUUUUCAUGUCCUGGCGUUGUAGCAAGUGCUGUAAUAAUGCAGGUCUUUCCUGUUGAAUCCUUUGUUUGUUUACAUUAUUCCCCCAUCUGAACCUUUGAUCAGAAAGUAGAAAAGUGAUUAUUUACAGUAAAUAGUUGUUCUACUUCAGAUAAGCUAAGAAACUAGAAUUUUUAUUGUAUUCAGAAUUAUUUUAUGCAAAAAUUGCAUGGUUCCUGCUGCACAUUGCAAGUGUAGAAUCAUGAGCAUUCUCUUGGAUAUUGCUUCACAAUUCAUAAUCCCUUCUUGAAGUCAACCAUUUGAGAAGUCAAUAUUGCCUAACUUUUAAACUGAGAGCCUUCCAAUAUUUAAACAUAAAAUUUGCAUCUGAACAACUUUUUCCAGCACUCCCACAAAGUGUGUAUAUUUUGAAUUAGUUCAGAGUGGAUGCACAGGCAUGACUCACCAAAUGGUCUGCCUUUGUACUUACUCAAGCUGAGUCAAAUAUCAAUGCCCCCUCUGCCUUCAAAUGAAGAUGCACCACAGUGCUUAUUUCCAAAUUCACCUUCAUCCACUCUUCAGAAAUUUAACAACUUAGACCAUGGUAUAAAAGUCAUUAACUCAUCUCCUGACUCCACAAGGCCUGUCUACAACCUGUAAGGCAUCUCAGGACUGAGAUGCAAUACUCCCCCAAAUUCCCCGGAUAUGUGCAUCUCCAACAAUACUCAGGAAGCUCAACACUAUCCAGAAUAAAACAAUCAGCUUGAUUGUUACCCAGUCCACCAUCCUCAUUCCCUCCAGCACAGAGGCUGUGUACCAUCUAUAAGGUGCCCUGUAGCAAUUCACCAAGGCUCCUCAGACAGACUGUGGGCGGCACGGUGGCAGUGGGCGGCACGGUGGCACAGUGGUUAGCACUGUUGCCUCACAGCGCCAGAGACCCGGGUUCAAUUCCCGCCUCAGGAGACUGACUGUGUGGAGUUUGCACGUUCUCCCCGUGUCUGCGUGGGUUUCCUCCGGGUGCUCUGGUUUCCUCCCACAAUCCAAAGAUGUGCAGGUUAGGUGAAUUGGCCAUGCUAAAUUGCCCGUAGUGUUAGGUAAGGGGUGGGUUGCGGGUCGGUGUGGACUUGUUGGGCCGAAGGGCCUGUUUCCACACUGUACGUAAUCUAAUCUAAAACCCACGACCACUACCAUCUAGAAUGAGAAGUGCAGCAAAAACAUGGGAACACCACCACCUGCAAGGUCACCUCUGAACUACUCCUUAUCCCUGACUCUGAAAUGUAUUGCCAUUUGUUCAAUGUUGUUGGGUCAAAAUCCUGGAACUCCCUGCCUUACAGCAGUCUGCGUACAGUUCAAGAAGGCAGCUGACCACCACCUUCAAAGGACAACAAGGGAAGGGCAAUAAAUACUGGCACAGCCAGCGAUAACAACAUUCCAUAACUGAAUAAGAAAAAAUGACUAACCAACCAAAAUGUGAGCAGAACAAAAAUAAAAACUAUAGAAAGAAAGUAUAUGUAUCUGACAUAAAAAUGGAGAAAAUGCAGCCGGUUAGUCAGUCUCAGUGUGAAAAAGAUAUAUUGAAAACAAUGGUGAUAUUCAGAUGAAGGAUUCUAACCCAAACAUAAACUGCUCUUUCUCUUUCAAAUAUUAAUCUAAUAGCUGUGCCUGUGUAUCAUUUUGUAUUCAUUUAAGAAAUAUUAACAUCAUGACUUUCCAUUCAGCAUGUUAGCAUAGCUGAAGGUGAAACUCUGUAUUUGCAGGGUUUUUUUUGUCAAAGCUGUGUGUUGUGCUAAAUGCUUGUCAUUGCGCUAACACUGACUUUGUGGGGAUCUGCAGUAUAGGUUUCAGAUCAGUGACUCUAAACAGUUGAUGUUCUCGUAUAAAAGUUUAAUUAGCAAACAGUGUGUUCCUCCCUGAAGUAUGGUGGUGUAGAUACUGGUUCAGUACUUUAAGUAAAAAAGCAUUUGCAAGAGAACAGCUGAGAUUAUUAUUUCUAUUUCAUGACUUGUUAUUUAAUUUAUCUUCAGCUGCAGGGAAGCAUUUUCCCUGCAUCUAUCACCUGCACACGCUCCCAACACGUAAACUUCUCAGGAGAUAUUCCAGUGUAUUCUGGAUAAAUUUUGGGAGGCUCCCUCACUGUCAGUGGAAUCUUAACAGCAGGUCAAGAAAGCAGAGCUGCAUUUUGUUGGAAAUUUUCCUCUGGUGAAUUGAACAGACGGGAAAUCUGCAUUUAGGCCACAGGGUGGUUAUUCUGCAAAGCUUGACCAGCUGUGAGCCAGUUCAUUAUUGAAGAUAAAUUGCAUGCUGCUCAACAAAAAAGGAAAAUGUUUCCUAGGUUGUAUCUCGUUCCUUAAAAAAAAUCAUAGAUUUUUUUCCAAAAAGAAAGGCUAUAUAAUUAUGUCACAAACAGCAAUCAUCCCUACAAAAUGUUGAUUUAGUAUGUUGAAUUUAAAUCAUUUAAUGCUACGUUAAAAAAAAAUCAUUUUAUUCCCUUUUGGGAAUCUGUUUCCAGGAAAAUGGACCUGACUUUCAAGUUCUUUUUGACACUGUUUUGCUUUGUUAUCUGGUCCGCCUUGUUUUCCAGAUGUUACUAUAAGUGAAUAAGAUAAAAUAUCUUAAAUGAUUUUUGACACAUCUGCCAGUUGUUCAUCUGGAUACAUAAUAAAAUAGAAUCAGUGCACAACAUAGCUGUGAGUGUAUUUAGUGCAAUAAAGUGCUCUUCAAUCUUACCUUAAAAUUUGCAACCCUCCAUGUGGUUUUUAAAUUUCUCUAUGGCCUUAACCAUCCCUAUCUAGUAUAUCGCCUUCAGUGCUAUAAUCUUCCAAGAUGACCCUUCUCCGAUCCUGGCCUCUUACAUAUACCAGAUUUUCAUUGCUGUAUUAUUUAUAGCCAUGCUUUUACUACCUCAUCCUAAGCCAUGGACUUCCAUUCCUUAAACUCUCCAGCUCACUACCUGUUUGUGUUCCUUUAACACACUCCCUUGUACUAACACUUCGGCCAACAUUUUGGUCACUUUGAUCUAAUAUCACUUUCUUGUGGCACUGUCAAGUUGAUUUACCUAAUGCUCCUGCAAAGCUCCUUGGGACACUUGUACUAUUUUGAAGGUGCUAUAUGAAUAUAAAUUGCUAUUAUAAUUAGUCUCAUCCAUUGAAGUUGAAGAUUGGGUAACAUCCAAUUGGUUCCUUGCCAAAGUAACUGUUGUUCACACAUGCCAACCGAUAUCCCUAACAUUGAGUUAAAGCUGAACCCAGUCCUUUCCACCAUCUGCCAUGUACACAAGGUGCUUUCCAUAAUGGCUCAGCCAGUGGAAAAUGAGAAAUUCGGCAGAUAUAUUUCUCGUUUUAAAUCUCCAAUUACCAUCUCAAAGAAAGUAAUUGUACAGAUUUAGCUGGACAUCAGCGGGCCAUUGUUAUUCCAAGAAUGUUGAACAUUCUGCCACAAUGUAUGGGAAAGCACUAAGUAGGAGAGUUUCAGCCCCGCUAAGAUUCUAAUAAUUGGCUCCAUUCCACAUCUGAGGGGAAAAGGCAGAUGUCCAACCCUGUAUGAGCUGAACUUCAGGCUUGUUCAGUUCAACAGACCACACCAAAAUAGCUUCACUCUUCUGCAAAUAGAUAUAUUAACCAUCUCAUUUAUUGACAUUUCUGAUUCACCUAACAUUUCUGUGAGAUUCUAGCUUGCUUUGUUGCUUUCUUCAGCCUUUUCCUGGCAGGUUUGACACAAUUGACAUUGGGAAUAUGCAGCAAUUCUCAUUUUGCCUGAAUUUCAGCAUUUUCAUCGAGUAUGGUGUCAAGUUGUUUCCUGGUACGUUAACUUUGAAUCUGAAAAAUAAUCUGGUUACCAGAUCAAAGCAAUGCACUUUUUCUUUUCAAGCCUCAUAUCAAUGGAGAAAGUCAAGUGAGCAAAAGUCAUUUGAAAGUCCAGUCCAGAAUUCCAGUGAACAUCGUGGGUGUUGUACAUGAAAGGACUUCUUUUGUGACAACAAAGAAAUUCAGCUUAUUAGAAAUAAGGCAUUUUUUGUAGCAUAAUAAAUUUAAAAUUAAAGCAUUAAGUGUUAAUGAUUUUCUAGAUUAAACGUUUCUUAUGAAUGAUAUAUGGAGGACUAAAAUGAAUUCCUACUAUGUAAUCAAUUAAAUAACUUACUAUAUAUAUGACACCAAAGAUUUUCAUAUUUAUUGUAACUAUUGAGUACCUCUACAGAGUACUUCUGGCUUUGUACAGUUGUUGUUUCAAUUAUUGAUCUUUUCUAGCUUAUGUCCAUUUUUAAUCCUUAAAUCACCCAGUAAUGCUGGCAGUGCCACGUGAUUGUUUCUUUUUCAAACAAGCGUGAAAUUGGUCCACAAGACCUGAGGGUGACAAUUGUUUAGUGUUAUCUGCUACACACAGAAAUGGAAAAGGCCAAGUGAAUGUAUCACUUGCAUGACAUUCUUGACUUCUUUGACACUGCAUGUUGUGCAGGUAUAUUUGACCAGAUUUUUAAAUUACACAUUCAAGGCAUAGCCAGCAUUUGUUGCUCACCUCCAAUUGCCCUUUCACUAUCACCUUCACCAAGGUUAUUAGGGUUGGGCAUUGAAUACUGGCCCAGCCAGUGAUACCAUGUCUCGUGACUGAAUAAUAACAAAAGCAAUCUUCUUGAACAGUUGCUGUUCAUCUUGCAUAGGUACACCUACAAUGCAGAUGACAAUCUAAUUUUCGGAAUUUGGUUAAGCUAGAAAGGAUUAAAAAUCAUGCUUUAAUUAUUAUUUUGUUAACAAUUUGCCUUAACUCUUUAACCUAGGGAAUUGAGAACAGUUUCAAAUUUUUGUUUCUUCCCAAUGAGCCAGGACAGACUCUUGGGAUAUAUAACUUGGUUCUGAGGUGGUAUAUCUGAAUGUAUUAAAAGCGGAUGGCAGAGUGUAACAGUAAUUUGAACCACUGAAUGCUAAAUGGCCUAAUUGCUAAGGCUUCACCUUCAUUUGAAUCUGCAUUUGACUAUAAUCUGAACUUGAAGUUCUACAACACAGUGAAUUAUGGGACACAAGGGCACAAAACAAGGGGUUGUUUAGUGAUGAACGUGUGUCCUACAAUCAACUGGAGAUUUCUAGAACCACGUGUGAAAUAAUCCAAACCUUCUCAUGCUGUUUGCAGAAGUCUCCUCAAUGAUUGCUGUCCAAUCCAUUAAAGGCAAAUAACAGGCAGGUCUAGUGUGCAAGUUACUGCUCAUGACCCAAAGUUGACAUUUUGUACAUAAGCUUUGUUGAUUGUUAUUUGAAAGGAGACAUGCCAGACUGCUUAAGUGUCCAUGUUACUCCACCAGCAGUAACUAGGUUAGGCAAUUGACCAAGACAUUUAAAAGACCAUUGAAAUUGUUUUGCAUUAAAAGUAAUGGAGAUCAUCACCUUGCACAGGCAGCUGAUCGAAGUGAGCAGGAAAGCAACACAAAUAAAUCCAUGCAUAUGUGUAAGCAAAUGAAAUUAUUAAGUCUAUGUAUGACCCUACAACUAGGUGACAUACCAAUUUUCAAAGUCCUGGCACCAGUAAUUUCUUUCAAUGCAGAAUUUGUAGCAAGCCUGCACCUUGCACCAAUUUAGCUGGUUACAUUGCAGAGGAAGGGAACUCACCCCCAUUGCCUUCACAGUUUUUGUGAAACUGAGUCACCAUCUUAAGGACAAAUGGUCACAGCCCCUUAGAGGAGUGAACCAUUGUCUGGAUUUGGGACCCUUUUUGAAGCUGUGUUUAAAAGGUUUAUGUUCCUCAAUACCUUCCAUGACACUUCCAUGGACCUCUUGCAUUCUCCUUGACUGCUCAUCCAUCAUGCCCAAUAGAAUCAAUUUACUGUAUAAUAAUCAUGAGAAAUCUUGAAGUGCAUGUAAAAAAUGCCAUCAAUAGAAGUUCUGAUCAGACUUCUGUUUCUCCAGAUGGCUUAAUUAAGAAUUUUUGCCUGAGAUCUAAGAAACUAAUUAGCUCAGUUUCAGGGUGUUGGUUUACACUGAUUGAAGGUUAGCGUUUGCUGAGAUUCAUUGACAUCUUUAUGAUGUAAUAAUUAGCUAUUCUUACUUUAAACUAUUUCAAUACCUAUCUGUUUAUUUGGACACAAUUAAUAGAUAUAUAAUACUGUCAAGUAAAGCUCCUUAUUUUGAUACUAUAAAGGCUUUAUUCAGUUGACACUUUUACAGGGUUAUAAGAACAACAAUUGUUUUUACAAGCAGUUUUUGAAUAAGGUUUUACAAAAAUGUAUAUUUCAAGACUUGCUAUUACUAUUAUAUGGCUUACUGGUUCUAUAGUAAGUACGUAGUGAGCAGCAAGCAAGGAGGAUGUGAGUUGUGGAUGAAGGAUUGGCAUCCAGGUCCUGCAUUCCUGGUGUGAAAAUAAUGCAUGCGGAAUGAUUUCUAUUGGAACCGGUCUCCUGAGUCAAGACUGUUCCCAAUUUGAGGAUCCUUCCUCAGUGGCAAAGUCAUAGAUCACCAUCUUUCCUCCAUGUACAUUUACCUUACAGAAGGCUGUCUGAGUAUGCCUAAUGUCCUUUAUGCUGUUAUGUAUAAAUAUUGUUGGGGCAAUUGUUCACAGUGGCAUGAAAGCAUAUUUUCAAAUUUCUAAUUGAAUGCAUAUUGAGGACAGACGUUGCUUGGUUCCAGAUACAUUGCUUAGUUUCUAAAGAGCCCGAAGAAUACUGGCUGUUUGAUUUGAGACCAUUGUUUCAAUGUUUUUGUACUUUCUGAUGUCUUAUGUUAAUAUUAAUUUAAAUAUCAUUCUGUGGUGGGCUUCUUGUCAUUUGAGGAAUAGAGGUCUCUGAGUUUUAAAUACAGGAAGUGUGGGUGUGGGGCUAAGGGAUUUGCUGCCUGAGGUUAAAGAGUUAAAGCACAUUCAAAAGACUGUACAAAGGGAUUUGGUAAUGAUUUCUCCAUUUUCUUUUUGAAGUUUGGCUUUCUUUUUAGUUUUUCUCCUGUUAUAACUAAAAUAUUUGGACAUCGAAAACUAAGCCACCAUUUUCUGUAGUUUGUUUUGAUUAUGAAAUCAAUAAAAUGCUUCAAAACCUUA